GCUGUACCUACCACGACAUCGGUGGAGCUCUGUCGGUCCAAUCACAGAGCAGAACACAAAGAAGACCACCUUUUUUGCCAUCGCGUUGCAUUUGACGAAUGGGCAUGUUCGGUCUUGCAGAUGACAGCCAAUCGCAGCAAAGAGACUUUACCGAAUUAUGUGAGGAGCGCGAAGAGUUUGAAGGAAGAGGCGAGCAAGAUGGCGAAAGAGAAAUAAAGUAUAAAGGCGGUAGAAAACAAUUGCGAAGCAUUUUAAUUACAGAAUAUCUUAUUAACUAUGUGUAAAAUAUAGAGAUAUAGAACUGCGCGUCGCAGUCGGCCAUUCGCUAGUCAUUCAACAAAGUUUUAAGGAAGCUACUGACGUUAUGCAAGAUUAAUUAUCGUUACUCGGCUAUUCAGCUAGAUGUAAGUUUCCGAUCAGCCGCCGGGAUAUACCUAAAGAUCGCGGCGUUUAGCUGGUCACUUCAAUGCUCCUGCGUCAUCAUUAGUUGGCUCGCCAGCCAUGGUUUCCCAUAAUGUCGUGUUUGCAAUCGAUGUUAACCGGUUGGGCCAAGGCUCUGGGCCGGACCUCGGCCAUGUCAAGCAGCGCCUUUUGCAGCACGGAGUGCUAAGGCUUCUGAUUUACCUCGGCAGCAGGUUCGGGUUUGACAAGGUUCGGUGGGGCUACAAGUUCUUCCACUCGCUGGGUGGGCGAGGCGUCAACGUGUCCAGGGGCUCCGAUUUUAAGGAGCUCAGAGACAAGGCGUUUGAAGAGUUUGAGGUGGAGGUAGAGAAUAAGCUAGCGGGGAGCGACAGGAGUAACACGUCCCGGGAUACCAGGGGAUACCCGCACUGGGCUGGAUCCGUCCAGACGGCUUUGAAGGAGACCUUGCUGGACUUCCAAUGGGACAGGCCGGAUAUAACUUCUCCGACAAAGUUGGCAUUACGACCACGGUUGAAGCGAUCCUGUAAAAAUAUUUCCCUGGAUGAUGAUCUGUCCGUCAGGAGUAAAAAUGUGCUAUUUGUUAUUUCGGAAUGUCCCCGGUCUGAAUGUGACCUGGAGGGUUUCGAGCCCGAUCGUAAAGCCGAGUCCUUCAGAGAGCUGUCCGAGCUUAUUCUGCCCAAGGGUCUGCGUGACAUGAUGGUCCAGAGUCAAGUUGUCCUGCACUGGAUUGAUUCCAGUCCUUAUUCUCAGGCGCUGAGUGCCACAGACUGCUGUGGCUACGAUGUUUUCUCUGCGGCACUGGACCAAGUUGGUGGCAGGGUGCUGCCUUUGGCUGCUUUGCUCUUGCUGUCCAGCUCAGAGGUGUGGACUGGUGCGGAGCGGAGGCUGGGCACGAAGGCCGGAGCAUCCCACCGGCAUGUACUGGCAAACGGUACCUUUCCUUUUGAUUCUGGCUUGGGCUUUCUCCUGUCCUCCCAGCAACGUUUCCGCAUGGCCUUCCCUGUCCAGGAGGGCCUUCUUCAAUGGGGGCAAGAAACAUGCAGUGUUACCAUGGAGCCAGUGUCCGCCGGACUGCACCAGUUCUCUAGUGGUGUGAUCAUAACCUUGAAGGGUGUCCUGUGGGACUGGAGCUCAGAGCUAUGCCAUGCCAGUUCUUCAUCCUGCUGGGUGCUUCAGAGGCAGCAGGGCACUGCGGGAGACAGCCAGGAUGGGGCAUCUUUCCUGAACCUUCUGAGGGAGCUCUCUGCCCACACUCUUCCCAUGUUUGCUGAGGUCAGCGAGGCAGGGAUAGGCCACACUGCAGUCCUGUCCACGCUGUCACCCUCCACUGCCCUGUUGACUUUAAUACAGCCUCAGACUGCCCACUUGGAGGACAGUCUGUCCUCGGGCCUCAUGUCUGCGGAAAGCGGCCCUCCUGCCUCCGACCUGCCUGACAUUGUCAGCAGCGUUCUGAAUGUCGUGUAUGACAUCAUGGAGAACGACGAUGAGGAGGCGGGUCAUGCUGUUACAGCUGCUGGUCUCCGUGUUCCCGAUUGGGCCCAGCAGGAGCUCAGCCAGCGGUCCUGCCCGCUUUCUUCAGGGCUAGUCGAAGCCUGGUUUCCUUAUUCUGAUUGGGCGGGUGUCAGCUCCCACCUAAUGGAGUCCAUGAGCCUCCUCCACGCUGUGCCUGAGGGAGCAAAGGUGUCCUGUGACGAUGCUGGCACCCAGCUGGAUCUGACCCAGUCACUGUCAGAGCUCUACCAGGGAACCACGGCCGGGGCUCCCGCCCAGCAGAGGGCAAAGAAAAGGGGUGCCCAGCGCACACCAGUGAGGCAGAAGAUGAAGACCAUGAUGAAGACCAUGAGUCGCUCCCUGCAGAUGUUGAAUGUGGCGCGGCUCAACGUGAAGGCCCAGAAGAGCCAGGCAGAGGAGGCUUUGGGGAGCGAGAAGGGUCCUGAAAUGCACAGGAAGAGGCGUUCUGGAGACAGGACCAAGGCGCACUCCAGUGCUCCCAACUUCAGUAGUGAAGAGGAGCUUUUAAGCCAUCUCAGACUGAGUUACCAGGAAGCCCUGAGUAAGUUAGACCUUCCCAUAGUCUCCGAGGUCCAUCGUCUCUUUGGCCUCGUGAAGAUGUUCCUGAAGGGGACCCAGGACCUCGAGGGGCGUUCCUCACUCUUCAUCCAGAAGAACCUGUUGAAGGCCAGCAGAGCCAUCAGGCAACACUACGAGACGACCCCUGACGCCGACGGCAAAGUCAGGGAGUGCCAGCUGCAGACUGUGCUGAGACUGGAGCUUUGUAAGUGUUUGGCUCCAGAGGAUGAGAGCCUGGACCAAACUGUGGAGGAGGUGGCUGAUAUGCUUCGAAUUAUCUCCUUAACGAAAGACCCCAUCUAUCUCUCAAAGUUCCUCGAAGAUGACGUCCUUCCUGUCUACCUCGCGGACAUCCCCAGGGCUUUGGCUGACGUCUAUCACAGCCUAGGCACUCGGCUGCCCGAGGCUCUGACCGUUGCACUGCCAUCGGAUUUCCUCAGCGACGAGUCCCUGGUGCGGGAGAGCAUGUCGUCGGCCGCCUCCCAGGAUGUGUCUCCGGACGUCGGCCAGCGGCUAGAGGAUCUGCGGGAGCGCUCUGCCAAGAAGAGGAAGAGCGGAAAGCUCCUCCGCCAUCGGAGCACGAGCGACGCCGUCCCCUGUGCGCGCCAGAUCGAGAUGCCCCGGAAGUCUCUCAGAGUGCAGGCCAAGCCCCAGCCCCACACCGUCUCUGCCCCAGAGGAACCUCCCAAGCAAGUGGUGCAAGAAGUUACGAAGGUCAGAAGAAACCUGUUCAAUCAGGAAGUGGCCUCCCCUCGAAAGAAAGGCAGGCUGCCUCGAAGUCGAUCCGUGUCGGCCGUGGAGGACUCUCAACACAAGCGGCUGCAGUCAAAAGGUGGAGCCGAUCGCCACACCCUGCUGACCAGGAAGGUGACCGAGACUCCACUCCACAAGCAGGUGCCAAACCGGCUUCUGCAAAGGCAGCUGGCUGGCAGGAAGUCUGAGCCAUCGGAUGUCUGUGUAGUGGAAGAGUCUCCCCUCAAGCCCCAGUGUGACCUCAGGAGGAGUCCAAGGAUUAAGAGCCUGUCGUUCACCCGAAGACAUUCCUUCUACUCCAGCUCCCAGAGCAGCUCCAGGAGCAUUGAGCGGGUGCUGUCGUCCUCCCAGCCCCACACCUCAGGCUGUAUCAGCGUUGGGGCCAUCCAGUCCCCCAUGCGGCUGCUCUUUGGAGAGGCCCAGUCCCCUCGCCGUGCCCGUUCAUUGAGACACGGCAUCGUGACCAAUUCCCAGGAUCCCCAGCAAGGCACGGUCGACUCGCAUGUGUCUGAGGUAAAGAAUGUCAAGAGGACACCCAGGCGGACACCCCGUAAACGGCGAAGGUCCGCCAGCGGGGGCACGACACCUGAAAGAUGGCCUCGAACCCUUUGUGGGGGGAGCCCUGAGCAGGGGUCUGUUGUGAGGGAGGUUGGAAUGGUGCUGAGGGGGAGCCCAUUUCGACCACCAGUGCAAGCCCCCCCUCAUAAAAAAAGUCCUACCCACGUGAACUUCGGAACGCCCUUGAAGCAGCCAUUAGAUUCCCCGUCACAGGGAUGCUCGUCUGGGACGCCAGUCCACGGUGUUGUCAGGUCACCGUCACCACGCAAGGUCAGAGUUUGGGGUAGAGGUGAGUCACAGAAGGUUCUGGAUUCCCCUUGCGUCUCUGCCCGACGUUCUCCGCGGUUGUCAAAAACACCCUCUAAGACUGGGGAACCGAGCAGGUGUGGUCUCUUUAAGACCCCUGAGAAGCUCAUUUUGGGGGGUGGCCAGUCUUCUCCCAGAGUCAUCCCUAAACUGAACACUCCUGAAACCAUGGAAAAAACUCCUCAGAAAUCCACACCGCUGAGGUCUUCAGAACGGCUGUUGAGAAAACUGAACCCCACUGGAACAGAUGUGUCAGUGUCCUCAGGAACACCUCAGAAACUAUGCUAUCCUGUUCACUCCUCCCCACCAAUGCCCACCCUGCGUUCUCCUCAGAAGGGUCUGGGUUCUUCCACCCAAGCACUCACACGCUCUAGGGCAAGUCACGUCACCUGUACCCCAUCGCCACUGUUGGGCCAGACUCCCCGGAAGAUUAACAAUACCCCCCGGGGGACCAACACUACCCCCAGGAAGGUGCACUUCACACCAGAGGCCUGUGAAACUGUGUUAGGCUGUCCUGCUGAUGCUUCACUCCUGGGGGGAACCUCCCCAUCUCCAUUUAAAAACAGGACCAAGGUCAGGAGGUUAUGCCGAAGCCGGGCCAAGCUGGACAUGAGCCCACAGGCCUGUGGCAGUCUAACUCCACCUGACGAUAUUCAGCAUGCUGGGUCUAGGGAUCCAGUCAGCAUGGUGACCUCCAGCAGUGUAAAGGAAGAUCUGGAUUGUAAAAUGCAGCCAGAUGCCUCACAGCUGUCGCAUGGUGCCACUGACCUGUCCCAGGCCAGUCUGGCUACCACUGAAGACGAAAGUAGCAUUGACAUCUCGGAGGCCGCAGUGGUGAAAACUCAACUGUCUAGCGGCAUCAAGAUGAAUAUCUCUUUCACCAAGAAGCCCCCCAAGGUAGGAGAAGUGUUCCCAUUCGCGGCCAAACCGUCAAAGUCCUCGACACCUGUGCCAGGGAGGGACUAUGGGUUCCGCAGCACACCAGAUCGUCAGCAGAGGGCAGCAGCAGCCAGACUUGCAAGUUCUGACUCUGGGCCCCAGCUCUCUAGCCCAGGCUCCUCGCAGAGUCCUUGCAACCCCAACAUCCUCACCUAUCAUGUAGAGCUGGAAAUGCAGGGUUCUGGCCUGCCCAAGCUCAAGUUCAGGCGGACAGACUCCCUCUGCGGAGGGGAUGUAGUAACUGAAGGUGACCUGAAGGGGCUGUCCCAAAGUCUGGCACAAAUAAAGAGAAUUGAGAGCCCACUCCAUCGUUACUCCAAAGUUGGUGGGCAUGCUUCACCAUCUUUCUGUACCCAUGGAACUCCCGCCAAGAGCACCCCAGGGAAGGGCAGCGUUCAGACCUACAUAUGCCAGUCUUGCACCCCCACGAGGCAGCCUGCCGGGACCCCAUCGCCCUCGACAGCGGGCGACCCCACGGCUUGGACGCCGUCACCCCAAAGUAGGGGACGCUCCACUCCCGAGGGCCUGAACAGCUGGCCCCGCAAGAAAAGAGCACGCCUUGGGUUGGCUGGGGCCAAGGAGGCACGUCUCCAGGGCGGAUGUCACCCGCUGGAGGAGAUGGGGGACCUGGAGCUGGAUGGAAUUGGCUGUCUGCCAGAGCUGGACGAUUGUGUGGAAACUGAUAUGCUGGCGUCUGGUUGGACUCUUGGGUCUGCUUUAAAGCGGAAACGUGCUGCAGAAUCCAUCUGUGCGGAGGGCAUGGAGUGUGGAGUACCACCUGUGGACCAGAACAGGGCCACCGAGUCACUGGUGUGCGAUAAAGGCCCAUGGCUCACAGAGGAGGACCAUGUCCUUACAGUGACCCCCCCCAGCUCCAAGGGCAGGAAGCCAGUGACGGCCAGUGGCAUUCUGGCUCUUACUCAUUCCCCAAUGCUCUACCGCUCUGAAGAUCGGGGCCCCAGAGGUGGUGCUGGUGUGUCUCCUUCCAACCUUGUUAGGCAGAAGCCAGCUCCGAGGAGGACCUACAGCAGGAAGAGGCUGCUGUGAGCAUGUCCAGCGUCAGCCCUAUUGGAUUAUUAAAUCCUGUUUUCCACUGAUAGUCUGGUGACAGUAUCUAAUAAAGGAGGAAUCUUGCUGGCUAAUUGCUUUCAUUUGAAGUAAUCAAAUAUAGCCAAGAAAUAAUCGUGCGGUACAUUGUUGGUCUUAUGCACUAGAACCAAAGAAGUGUUUGAAAGAUGUGAACAAGUAUGCAUUUUACUUCUUCAGUGCUAUUUAUUUAUACAUUUUACUUCUUGAAGCUGUUUAUAUGUUGUAAAUAAAAGUAUGUAGUGAGUUGUAUAGAUUUUAAAAUCUUGUCCUUAAGCAUAUUUAUUUGUUUGCUGUAAGUACAUUGAUUUCUUUUAUCUUUUAAAAAAGGUUGCAUUGUAUUUAUAUUAAAUACAACUAAAUUCCUAAUUAAAGCAAAUUUUUCCUUAGUACUAACAUUUGUAUGAGUGUUUAUUUUUGAAUUUGCCAGUUUUUGUUGCUUAACUGAAUUUGCCGAAUUUUUUUUUUUUUUUUUACCUGACAUGGAAAACAAACAUGACAUGUCAAAUAUUUAAUCAAUUUAAAAAAGUAGAUUACAAUGUUGAAAUGUUUGACUUCUGCAGUAAAGGAUUAUAUUUACCGGAAUUGUUUCAGUGGGCCUAAUUAAGAGUGUGCUGACAAUUGUAAAAAAAACUUGUUUUAAUUGUAAUUUAGAAAACUCAUCAGUUAUGUUCUUGAUUGCUAGGCCUAUAUAUUCACCGUAGAUAGUUGACUUUCAGUAACGUAAUCCAAGUUGCCCUUAUCGGUACGCCGUUUCCGGUCAUACAAUGUGUUUAAUUGGUCCUGGCGUAGGAAACUUGUGUAUUUCCCAUCAUUUCAAUAAAGGGGAAAAUUUUGUUACCA